AUGGAAUUAGAUAUUUUAACAAAUAUACAAAAUAAUGUGCAAUUACAAAUGUUUGCUGUAGUAACAGAUCUGGCAAAAAAACUUCCAAUCAUUGAAGAAACGAUAGGUAACGGAAUGAAGUAUACAAUUUUUGCUCCAUCAGAUCAAGCAUUUGCCAAAGUAGGAAAAUUAAGUGACGUUGCUAUCGAUAAUAUGUUAAAGUAUCAUAUCAUUCCUAAAGAGGCGAAAUCAACUGAUUUCAUUGGUAUUCAAUAUGAACCAACACUUGUUGAUUCUCCAGACUUUGUAAAGUUAACAGCAAAGGCAAAACAAAAACUUAUCAUUAAUAAUGAAGGUGAAGCGCUUACCAUUAGCAAUGGAAAUGGCGAUGUAGGAAAGGUGGUUGGUGCCGAUAAUGUCGCAAGUAACGGGAUCAUCCAAAUCGUUGACGCAAUUAUCGAGCUACCAAAAAGUCCAAUGAGCGUAAUGGGUCAAAGAAAAGACAUAAAUGGUUUUGGAAAAUUAAUCAUCGCAGCAGGCCUUGGAAACUUACUCGACGGAUUGAUAGGAGCCACAAUAUUUGCACCAUCAAAUGAAGCGUUGACAAAAGUGCAUCAUGAAUUGCUCACUAGCAACAAUUUAACACGGCUUACAAGUAUAAUUCGACAUCAUAUCGUACCAGAUAGAGUAGUUUUUUCGGGUGUAUUAUUAGAAGGAGCUUCGGACAAUUUAAAAAGUUAUGAAGGAUCUACAAUUCCGAUUUCAAAAAUAGGAAAGGUGCUUGCGAUCGAGAAAUCAGUCGUAAUUACUCCCGAUAUUUUAUUAAAUAAUGGAAUUUUACACGUGAUCGAUGAACUUCUUUUGCCACCUGGAAUUAAACUCACACCUGACGAGUCCGCAAAAUCACCACCAAAUAAUUCAAACGAUACAAACGAUUCAAAAAAGGAACCUAUUCCAUCUGAAGAUGACGGUAAUAACGGUUCUACUAUUAUCAUUGUUUCCGUAUUAGGAGGAUUUUUUGGUAUAUUCGCGGUUACCGCAUGGAUAUUAAUACAACUUAAGAGAAGACAGAAAACCAAAUUUUUUAAUAAACAUCUUAAUAAUGAUGAAAGUUUUGCUACUCAAAAUGAUAGAUUUAGUAAUCAAAGUUUUGGAAAUGUAAUUACGGGUCACGGUAAUACGAAUCAAGAAGCGAUUUCUCCUAAUGACGAUAACUCGAAUGUGAGAAAUGAUAGUAGGAGGAAUACAAACCUUGGUGCGAUUUCUCCUAAUGACGGUAACUUGAAUGUGAGAAAUGAUAAUAGGAGGAAUACGAACCUUGGUGCGAUUUCUCCUAAUGACGGUACCUCGUAUGUGAGAAAUGAUAAUAGGAGGAAUACGAAUCAAGGUGCGAUUUCUCCUAAUGAAGACACCAUGAAUUACGGUAGGAAUUCGAACCAAGGUGCGAUUUCUCCUAAUAUUGACAAUAAUAUUAUGAUGGGAAAUUAUAACAAUCGAGGCGAUGAUUGA